AUAGCAGAGAGAGAGAGAGAGAGAGAGAGAGAGAGAGAGAGAGAGAGAAGCUCUCUGAUACUGAACACUGCUCGGUCCUCGGCUGCAGGGUCGGGUUAGAGGAGAGGAUAUAUAUGUAUGUAUAUAUAUAUGUAUAUAUACAUACAUAUAUAUAUAUACAUAUACAGGACACAGAGGAUCUGAUCUCGGGAUUGGCUGCUGCUCUCUGGCCUCCCGUCCGGACGGGCAGCACCGCGUCUUUAUUCCGUCUCUGCGGAACGUGACCCAGACAUACCGCGAGAACACCGACAUGACCAUGGAUUAAACACGUUUAUCUUCUCAGAAAGGCUCCAGAUGUUGAACAUGUCCGCUCCCGGCGAGCUGAAGUCUCCCUGCGUGACGCGUAACGGCAUGGUGAAGCUGCCCCCCGCCCAGCCCAACGGCAUGCUGAGCGCCAGCAUCACCAAGGGCACGCCCGCCGCCAAGAACCGCCUGUGCCAGUCCUCCUCCGCCUCGGUGCCCUCCAUCCUCCCCCCCCCACCCUCCCCGCUGCCCUACCACCAUCACCACCACCUGCACCACCACCCCCACCCCCUCCUGCACCUGGAGGCCGGCCUGGGCCCCCAGGGGGGCUGCGGGCCCCACCCCGGUCUGGGGGCUGGCCUGCUGAUGGGCCCCAACGGCCUGGAGGCGGGAAAGCCCCCGCUGGCCCUGAAGCCCUCCCUCCGCCCGCUGCAGCUGCCCCCCCUCACGCUGCCCAAGCCCCUGCUGCCGGCCGAGCGCCAGCUGGUGCUGGACGAGAAGCUGCUGAACCGGCUGCUGUGGUUCUUCACCACGGCCGAGAAAUGCGCGCUGGCGCAGGUCUGCAAGACGUGGCGUAAGGUGCUGUACCAGCCCAAGUUCUGGGAGGGCGUGAUGCCCAUCCUGCACGCCAAGGAGCUGUAUGCCCUGCAGCCCAGCGGGGACAAGGAGUUUGUCAGCCUGCAGGCCUUCGCCCUGCGCGGCUUCCAGGCCUUCUGCUUGGUGGGCGUGUCCGACCUGGACAUCUGCGAGUUCAUCGACAACUACCCCCUGUCCAAGAAGGGCGUGCGCUCCGUCAGCCUGAAGCGCUCCACCAUCACCGACGCCGGCCUGGAGGUGAUGCUGGAGCAGAUGCAGGGUCUCAUGCACCUGGAGCUGUCGGGCUGCAACGACUUCACGGAGGCCGGCCUCUGGUCCAGCCUCAACGCCCGCCUCACCUCGCUCAGUGUCAGCGACUGCAUCAACGUGGCAGACGACGCAAUCGCCGCAAUCUCCCAGCUCCUCCCCAACCUGUCGGAGCUCAGCCUGCAGGCCUACCACGUCACGGACACGGCCAUGGCCUACUUCACCGCCAAACAGGGCUACACCACCCACACCCUGCGGCUGCACUCUUGCUGGGAGAUCACCAACCACGGAGUGGUCAACAUGGUGCACAGCCUCCCCAACCUCACCGCCCUCAGCCUCUCCGGCUGCUCCAAGAUCACAGACGACGGCGUGGAGCUGGUGGCCGAGAACCUGCGCAAGCUGCGGAGCCUGGACCUGUCCUGGUGCCCGCGGGUCACCGACAUGGCCCUGGAGUACAUCGCCUGCGACCUGCACAAGCUGGAGGAGCUGGUCCUGGACAGGUGCGUGCGGAUCACAGACACCGGCCUGGGCUACCUGUCAACCAUGUCCACACUGAGGAGUCUCUACCUGCGCUGGUGUUGUCAGGUACAAGACUUUGGGCUCCAGCAUUUGUUUGGAAUGAGAAGUCUUCGUCUCCUAUCCCUCGCAGGCUGCCCCCUGCUGACCACCACAGGUCUCUCUGGGCUGAUCCAGCUGCAGGACCUCGAGGAGCUGGAGCUCACCAACUGCCCUGGGGCCACGGCGGAGCUCUUCAAGUACUACUCCCAGCACCUGCCCCACUGCAUGGUGAUCGAGUAGGGCUCCUCCUCACGCCCUGAGGAACACCACACAGAGAGACGCCAACCACACUUGAACUCCCUACCACCUCCUCGUCCUUGUUAUUUUCUUGCCUCUCAUUGAAAGUCCCCCCCCCCCCUCCUCCUGGAAGCAACCCCCCCUCAUCAUCAAUUGGACUUGCAGCCGGGCAGAGUGACAAGCGAUGGAAGGUACCGAAGGCUCUAACCCUUUUCCUGGUGGGAUGUGAUGGACGUUAUGAUCUUGAGGCGCCAGAGGGGGCGCCAGAGGGAGAUGGAGAUCCUUGGCGAGGCAUUCUUGCCUGACUUGAUUAUUUUUUUUUUUAAGUGAAAAAGAAACGUUUACAAAGGGAGAUGGAAAGCUGGAGGAAAGCUUUUCUAAUUGACCGAAGUGUGUUUUCCUGCAAUGUUUCAAAUACUAAGAAAGGUUUGGUGCUGAACAUGGCAUGGACAUAGCACCAGCAAAGGCAGAAUGAAAGACUUUCGAAGACACCACGAAACUAUGUUCAUAGACUACUAAAGACUAUUGCAGACAUAAUGUUAUGUGACAAAUGAAACAGAUGUUACUUCUCCAGAUAAUUAGUACUCUCAUUGAUAUUUCCAUUACUUGGUGUAAUAUAGUUCCUAUUAUUUUUCUCAGAAGGUGACCUCUCUCUUUGUGGAGUUGUGACGCCCAGAGAGAGAAAGAGUUGUGAUGCUAGCUCCAGAUGAUUGGUGGGUGCUCGAGGUGCUGACAGCUGUUCUUGAGAACCAAAGAGCAGCUGAAUCAGGAUCAGAUAACAAGGGAUGGGUUAAUUUGACGCAAAGAGCAUGGACAGAACUCCUCUCCUCUUCUCCUGGCCCUCAGAGGGCCGACCCCCGUUCUGUGGAAUCCACCACCAGGGUUUACUUUGUUCAUUUCUAUGUCUAUAUCAAAUUCAAAAGAGUUGCACGCUUUAUUCACUUGUCUUGAAUACACUUUAUCUUUUGUUUAAUCCUUCAACAUAUAUAUCAAUUUUAUUUUGAUGUCCAGAGAAGCCUUGUUGUUCUCUUUAAUUUUCAAUUUCAUUUUGUUUUACUAAGCAAGGGUUACAACUGUUAAAGGAGACACCAAUGUGCAAAUCAAGAAACUACAACCCCCAGGAGCCCUCUGUCCCCGUAGUGGAGGCGCCAUACUGGAGGAUAACAUGGCUCCAGAGUCUGAAGACCAAAGGGCCACUUUCAGCCAUUUGUGGCAUGUGUCAAAAGAAUGACAGUAAGGUUUUUGUAAUCAAUAAUUAGGUUUCUGAUGAAUAUUUAGCGACUCAUGGUGAAUAUAAUAAUAUUUUGGGGGUCUUUUUUUAGCCAACAUACAAGUUAUUUUCCUAUGUUAAAAUGACAAAUAUUUUGGAUUGGGUGAUAGUUCUAUUUAAUUAACCCAAGCAACAUUUGUUUUUAUGCCAGUGAUUGUUAAUCAAACACACACUAAUGACUCAGCAAUGAUUUGUGCCAUUGUGGAGGGCUCUGUGUGAGAGCCGUCACAGGUAAGGCUUUAAACACAGACCCUUGUACUAGACAUGUACUUGUACUAACAUUACAACUUCUCUGUAGCCCUCCUCUGCUGGCAGCUCAAAGCAGCUCAAGCCUCAAGGUGCUCUUUACUUUCAAAGGCACAUGUAAACGAUCAUAAGCAAACAGUUCGUUCAGCUGGGCAGGGGUAACCCAGGGGGAACUCAUCCUCUUCAUCAAGGUAAUGGUGGUGAUGACCCAAGGAUGACGCUGUGAGCUCACCUGUGGACCAUCUAUUACCUGACCCCAAUAAGGCAGGCCUGAGUGAGCAUAAAUUGGGAAAUACUAACAAGCAACACAUGCAUACACACACACACACACACACACACACACACACACACACACACACACACACACACACACACACACACACACACACACACACACACACACACACACACAUACACACACACACACACACACACACACACACACACACACACACACACACACUUUCAGCGUCUCAGCCUCUUUUAAGCCUCCUAGCCUCUUUUAGCCUCCUAGCCUCUUUUAGCCCCUAGCCGCUUUUAGCCCCCUAGCCUCUUUUAGCCCCCUAGCCUCUUUUAGCCUCCUAGCCUCUUUUAGCCCCCUAGCCUCUUUUAGCCUCCUAGCCUCUUUUAGCCUCCUAGCCUCUCUCAGCCUCUCAGCCUCUUUUAGCCCCUAGCCUCUUUUAGCCUGCUAGCCUCCUAGCAUCAUGAUGAUGCUGGAGCUGUCAUUACUCUGGAGGGCUGAAUGCACCACACUGUUGACACCAGGCCCCCCCAUAUCCCCACAUUCCCAGUUCACAUCCUAUUCUGGUUCCCACACCAGGAGUCGGUUUAGAGGACAUAACACUGACACUACACGUAACUGUAAUGGAUGCAUAAUAUUUAUUGUGCGCUGUAAAAUGCUGGCCACAGUUAGCUGUGUGUCUUUUGACCAACAGCAGUUUUUCAGAAAAAAAAA